CAGAGCUGUCAGGGGGUAGUUAGCUUUCUAGUGACCGACGGAGGAAAGUUGCUUUCACGGGUUAGGAUACUUCCCACCAAUUGCUUUAAUUUGCAUGCCGGUUCCCUCUGACUCGCUGCUGCUAGCAGUUGGCAAAAUCCGACUUGACUUCGAGCCUCUGACUUAACAGCUGCUCCAGCGGUACGGUCACAAGACGAUGGACUUUGAAACCAGGAUUUACCCCCGAAUUGGCGGUUUUGGACGAUACAACCGCACCGUAGCGUUUUUCAGCUGGAUCCCAAACUUUGCUGUGGCGCUGAACCUUUUUUCCGACAUCUUUUACACGCUGAUUCCAGAGACGUACCACUGCAAGCCGGACCCGUCUUUGUUGCCCGCAGCGUUCCUUCUCAGCAACCUUUCCAAACAGGAGUACCUCAACUUCACGAUUCCAUGGGUGGAGGGGUCCGGCUUGAGUCACUGCGAACUGUACAAAUACCCCGCAAACUACACCAAUUUUACAGAAAAGGUCCCGAAAGAAGUGGUGCCGUGCACAAGAGGAUGGGAAUACACGCAUGAAGCGGGUCUUCAGACCAACUAUGUAACUGAGUGGAACCUGGUCUGUGGGAACUACUGGCAGAUCCCAACUCAGCACAUCUGCUUCAUGAUUGGCUGGAUCCUGGGCUACAUCCUCCUGGGGACCCUCUGUGACUGGCUGGGCCGGCGGCAGGGGCUUCUGCUGUCUGUCGCUCUGUCAGGACUCCUGGGCGUGGCCGUCUGUCUGUCCAACAGCCCCGUCAUCUUCCUGCUCCUGCGUCUCUCCCAGGGGGCCAUGCUGGCGGGGGUCUUCCUGUCCUCCUACAUCUCCCGACUCGAGUUGUGUGACCCGCCCCACCGCCUGAUGGUGGCUAUGAUUGGUGGAUUCUUCGCAGUAGCCGCAGAGCUGCUGUUGCCAGGGGUGGCCGUUAUGUGCCGUGAUUGGCCGGUUCUGCAGGCUGUUUCCACCCUGCCCUUGCUGUUCCUGCUGUCCUAUUGGUGCUGUUCCUCCCUUUUUCCCGAGUCUCCUCGCUGGCUUUUGGCCACUGGUCAGAUCCCACAGGCCAGGAGGUCAAUCCAGACUUUCUCCACCCGGAACGGCGUGUGUCUGAAUGAAGAGAUCUACCCUGCAGAGAACGUGCUGUCAGAGAUGGACGUGGCGUAUUGUGAGGACACCCCUCCUCAGUACCAUAACAUCCUGGAGCUGCGGCACACCAGGGUCAUAUGGAGGAACUGCCUAAUCCUGGGCUUCACCCUGUUCAUCGGCACAGGGAUCCAGUACUGCUUCACCCGGAACCUGCACAGCUUCUCCUCGCACUUCUACGUCAUCUACUUCCUGCGCGUGCUGACCGGCGCCCUGGCCUGCGUGCUGCUCUGCCUGUCCGUUAGCCGCGUCGGCCGCAGGGGCAUGCUGCUGCUCUGCGCCAUCGUCACGGGCCUGUCCUCGCUCCUGCUGCUGGCCCUCAUGCAGUAUCUGCGGGGCGGGCUGGUCCUCGUGCUGUCUUUACUGGGUCUGCUGGCUUCCCAGGCCCUGGCCAUGCUCAGCAUUUUCUUCGCCAGCGAGGUCAUGCCCACCGUGGUGCGCGGGGGGUCCCUGGGCCUGAUCCUGUCGGCGGGCUGCGUGGGCAUGGCGGCCUCCUCCCUGAUGGAGCUGCAGAACAACGGGGGCUACUUCCUGCACCACGUGGUGUUCGCCUCCUUUGCCGUGCUGUCUGUCCUCUGCAUCAUGCUGCUUCCCGAGAGCAAGCGCAAGCCGCUGCCCGACUCGCUGAAGGACGGCGAGAACCUGCGCCGGCCCCCGCUCUUCCUGUCCCGCGCCGACCGCGACAACCUGCCCCUGCUCAGGACCCGCCCCGCCGCCUCCGAGUACAACCCCGACAACUACUCCCGCCUGGUCGCCGCCACCAAGAAAAUGCUGGCCAAGGACACGCUGCCGUACAAGAUCGCGCUGCCUCCACAGCCCCCCCUGCUGGCCAGCAACGGGACUGUGCACGGGGGGCUGGAUAACCAGGCUCUGCAGGAAGAGGACUCAUCAUAGCCCCCCCGGGGUUCCCCAAAUCUGUGUUCAAGAAACACCCCUCCCCUCCCAACUCCUUAUUUCUCCCCACCUCCCCUCCAAGGGCCACGCUCCUCUCUCCCCAGGGGUCAGAUCUCACCUGGACAGUGAUGGGCAGAUGGAGAACAGGCCUUAGACCUGAACCUAACACUCCACAAAGGCAGGUGUCAGUCAGUCACAGAAGGCCGGAGCCAUGGUGUUUUGUGACUAUGCAGUCCUCAGUGGUGCACCUUUCCAAUCCGCUUCAAAGUACUACUAUGGUCCUUUUGCCUGAAGGGAAAAAAGAGCUUCUCCAAACCUGUUUUCAACAGCAGUGUGCUGUGAUGGUGCCACUGAAGGACUGUUCCUCUGCCUUUUGGACUUUGUACUGUGAAGAUCCGCAUCACUUUCGUAAAAAAGAAGCAGCAGCAGCAGUUUCGUUCUCCGUUGCUGCAGCGCUUGUGUAAUGUUGAGGGUUUUGCAACCACUAAGAGGCUAUUUUGGGACCGUUCCAUGUAGCCCUAUUUCGUUCGGACUCAUGCUUUUCAUUACGGCCAUCUUGUGACCGGAGGCCAAUUUCAGCACCCUGAUAACAUGACUCGGUCUAAACUGCGGAAUGUUAUGUGUUCUGUUACACUGCUUUCUCAGACUCAAAGAGAAAUCAGAGCGUAGGUUAUUUACAGACUGUCCUGGAAUAUUCCAUUGUCUUUUCUGUUUUUGGCAGAACUGAAAGGUUCGCCACUUCCUGGUGUCCAGGUCACAUGCCAGACACAAACAGUGCCACUCUGUGUAGGACCUCAUUGAUGCUUGAGUUUGUAAUCCUUGAAAGGGCAGCACAACCUGACAGUGACUCGAUCACCGCGUGGAAAACUCACGGCUUCAAGACCAGUAAGGAAACAAGGUCGUUCCAAGCAGAACAGGUGGCAAAGCAGGAGCAUGGCCAGUUCGUUAAGUCUGUCCUCAAAUGCUUGGCUUUCACAGAAGUGCUAAACGUUUGAGCUCUCAGUGAGACUUCAGCGAACAGAGUGCUUCUGCUGUGCCUUCUCUCUGUGUCUGUCAGUCAGCUGCUUCAUAUUUGUCAUGCUUUCAGUAAUCAAGUUUAAAAGAAAUGUGUCUUAUACCAAACAGACCACUGUUGAGUGUCCUCUGGGGUGUUUUUGAUCCCUGCCCCUUUUCAGUGGUGCGAAGCUGGUUGGUCUCCUGUAGCUCCUGUGUGCCAUGGAAACAGCCCCCAUCCCGGUCAACCAGCUGCUGAGGCCAAGUUUGUCUGGCUGGAGGGUGGAGCCCUGCUCAAUUUGUUAAAUAUGCUGUCAUAUGCUGUGUUUGGGCCAUGUCAGGACCAUGGGAAUGGGUUCGAACUGGUCCAAUUGGUCAGAUGAAAAAACAUCAUUCACAUUCGUGUUCUCAAUCGUGUGUGAAACAGCCUGUGGCUUGGGGCCAGUGGCUUGAUCAGCAUGAUCAUAAACCUCAGCUCCUCCCUGUAGCCAGACCUGUAGAGACCACAACAGUUUAGCUCAUACCUGUAGCCAGACCUGUAGAGACCACCACAGUUUGCUUCCACCUCCUUCAAUUUCAGGAACCAAGAGUGUGUUUACAGCCAGCAUAAAUGCCACGUCAGGCCAAAACUUGAAUUUCAGUUGUUAUUCUGUCAUAUUCUCUUAUAGAAAACUGAUUUUUAUCAUGUUGCAAUAAAAACGACAUCAUGGUUGAUAUGAAAUAAUGAUGACGCAAGGAUUCACAGACUUGAAAUGCAAUGGAUUGGUUUGUCAGCGUGCCCUCUCAACUUGUCAAGUGUUGUGAGACAAUCUUGUGAGAAGCAGGCUUUGUCCAGUUGUGUUCAUUGAUUAAAUUCAUUCAAACAUGUUUUUGCCCCUGAAUCUGAAGAUUUUUUUUUGAUUUAAACUGCGAUGAGAAUGAAGUUCACAGCACUGAAUGAAAGGAUGAUACUCAGAAUACUGAAUGAAAGGAUAGCCUAUUUUCUGUUAUUAUUCUUCCAGGAUUGCUCCAGAAGUUUAACCGGGUGGCCUAGUUGGAAGCAAAGUGAAUGCAUGUCAGAAUGCCAUGGAAGCGGUCAGACAGGCUAUGCAGCGAUCCACAUACGAGAUUAAAUCCGUAGCUGGAGCGGUCUUUCGUUUGUUCACGGGCGUGAGGUCAAAGGGGACAUUGCAGAUCCACUGAUCUUGAUAUCUUGUGGAUGUGCUGAUAA